UUACAGCACGGAAACAGGCCAUCUCGGCCCUUCUAGUCCGUGACGAAUGCUUAUUCCCACCUAGUCCCACCUACCUGUACUCAGCCCAUAACCCUCCAUUACUUUCCUGUCCAUAUACCUAUCCAAUUUUACUUUAAAUGACAAUACUGAACCUGCCACUACCACUUCUACUGGAAGCUUGUUCCACACAGCUACCAUUCUCUGAGUAAAGAAGUUCCCCCUCGUGUUACCCCUAAACUUUUGCCUCUUAACUCUCAACUCAUGUCCUCUUGUUUGAAUCUCCCCUACUCUCAAUGGAAAAAGCCUAUCCACGUCAACUCUAUCUAUCUAUCCCCCUCAUAAUUUUAAAUACCUUUAUCAAGUCCCCCCUCAACUUUCUACGCUCCAAAGAAUAAAGACCUAACUUAUUCAAUCUUUCUCUGUAACUUAGGUGCUGAAACUCAGGUAACAUUCCAGUAAAUCUUCUCUGUACUCUCUCUAUUUUGUUGACACAACUUUCCUAAAAUUCGGUGACCAGAACUGUACAGAAUACUCCAAAUUUAGCCUCACCAAUGCCUUGUACAAUUUUAACAUUACAUCCCAACUCCUACACUCAAUGCUCUGAUUUAUAAAGGCUAGCAUACCAAAGCUUUCUUCACCACCCUAUCCACAUGAAAUUCCACCUUCAGGAAACUGUGCACCAUUAUUUCUAGAUCACUCUGUUCUACUGCAUUCCACAAUGCCCUACCAUUUACCAUGUAUAUCCUAUUUUGAUUAGUCCUACCAAAUUGUAGCACCUCACACAUAUCUGCAUUAAACUCCAUCUACCAUCCAGAUCAUUAAUGUGUUUGAUAAACAACAUUGGACCCAGUACAGAUCCCUGAGGCACACCACUAGUCACUGGCCUCCAACCUGACAAACAGUUAUCCACCUCUACUCUGUGGCAUCUCCCAUCCAGCCACUGUUGAAUCCAUUUUACUACUUCAAUAUUAAUACUUAACGAUUGAACCUUCCUAACUAACCUUCCAUGUGGACUUGCCCCUUGUUUUUUUAUGAGGCUGAGUGGCUAGCUCGACGCAUAAACCAGCACAAAUGGAAAACGUGCUCGGGGGUGGCCUGACUUGGAUCCGAACUCAGGAGCCUUCACUCCGGAUGCUAUUGCAAAAGCAUGUCAAUUAUAUGUGGUGCAUUUCUAAUUCCCUACACACUCAUUCUGGCAUUUGCUGGGAUGCCAAUGUCUUUCUUUGAAUCAUCCUUUGGUCAGUUUGCCAGCCUUGGACCUGUAGCUGUGUGGAAAGCUGUGCCAGUGCUGCAAGGUGUGGGGAUUGCUAUGGUCCUUCUGCUCACAUUAGUACACAUUACCUACAACUGCAUCAUUGCCUACAGCCUGUAUUAUCUGUUUGUCUCCUUCCAAUCCCCUCUGCCGUGGGCAGACUGCUUCAGCUGGUGGGGAGCAGAUGAAAUCUGCAGCAGGACACCCAGAGAUGCGCUCUGCAACUUCACUCUGGAAAACGGAUAUUUUGAAAUUGUUAAUACAACAUGGUUGUACACAAACAACAAAACUUGUUCCAGUGGAUACGAAAUCCACAUUCCUCAUCAGGGUCCCAUGGAGCAAUACUGGGAUAAAAAUGUUUUACAACGGUCAAAGUCAAUAGAUGAGACAGGGGGAAUAGUCUGGCAUGUGGCCCUUUGCCUGAUUCUGGCCUGGCUGAUCGUUGGAGCUACCUUGUCCAAAGGAAUCAAAUCUUCUGGAAAGGUGGUUUAUUUCACUGCAACAUUCCCGUAUGUGGUUCUGACCGUACUUCUGAUCCGAGGACUGACCCUGGAGGGAGCCCAGAAAGGGAUUGAAUUCUACAUUGGAAGCCAAUCAGACUUCUCAAAGCUGGCAGAUGCUGAGGUCUGGAAAGAUGCCUCAACACAAAUAUUCUAUUCACUAGCAGUGGGUUCUGGCACCUUAAUAACCCUCUCAUCCUACAACAAGUUCCACAACAACUGUUACAGAGACACCAUCACUGUCUGUGUUGUGAAUUGUGCCACAAGUGUGUUUGCUGGAUUUUCCAUCUUCUCCGUCCUUGGACACAUGGCUCACGUGCAAGACAAGCCUGUUUCAGAAAUUGUUCAGUCAGGCUUCGGUCUGGUUUUCAUCGCCUACCCAGAGGCCCUUUCGCAAUUACCAUGGGCACCUGUCUGGUCCGCUUUGUUUUUCCUCAUGUUGUUUACUCUGGGAAUUGACUCUCAGUUUGCAGCUAUAGAAACGGUUUUAACAUGCCUAGUGGACCAGUUCCCCAAGCAUCUGCAAUCAAAACGCCUUUUGCUGACAAGUGGAGUUUGCUUGUUGUUAUUUCUCCUCGGUCUUGUGUGUGUAACACAGGCUGGGAUUUACUGGAUAAACUUAACUGAUUAUUUCUGUACUGGAUGGAUUUUUAUUACUAACACCCUGUUAGAACUUGUUGGUCGAACCUGGAUUUAUGGGACAAACAGAUACAUCAAGGACAUUGAGAUGAUGAUUGGAAAAAAGAGCUGGCUUUUCUGGCUGUGGUGGAGAGUGUGCUGGCUUUUCAUUGUCCCAUGCUUGUUGGUGGUAAUCUUAGUCUGGUCCUUAAGGACAGUUCCCCCACCAACAUACGGACCUGUUGAGUACCCUCUCUGGGCAACAGCAGUCGGCUGGUGUAUGAUCACUUUUUGUAUUAUGUGGGUCCCUAUCAUUGCCAUUGUGAAAGUUGUCCAAGCUAAGGGCUCCACAUUGUCUCAGAAAAUUUCUGCUGCUUGUGCACCAGCUCCUGAUUGGGGUCCAUACUUGCAACAACACAGAGGAGAAAGAUACCAAAGCAAGCCUGAUUCUGUGGUUGCCCCUAACCAAGUGAAACUUCUUACUGACUCUGAAGUGUGAGCUGUCAAGAGAAGAUCUGCAGCUUUUCUGAUGCUUUCAUUGUAAUUUCAGUGGAAGAGCCAGGAAUUCCUUGGAACACACGUGAACAUCAUUAUGGGGUGGGCUGAAUCCAGGAGAGGUUAUUCAGCUGUAAAGAUCCUGCACAAUGACCAAAGGGACCUGAUGCAGUUCACGUUUGUCACCAGAUGCCGACACACUUGCAAACAUUGACCGUCCAUAGACAAUGCUGAUGGUCAGAGUUUGCUGAUAGGCUCCAACCUGACUUCUCUAAAGGGCCUGAAUCAAUGCUGGAUUUGACUUUAUAAAUGAAACAGGCUGCUGACAGUGAACUGGGUAACUCUUCUUGGAUAAUUACUUCCCUUUUUCUAGCUUUCAUGUGAUAAUUACACAACUAGUAUGAAUCUCCAUUCCCGUUGAUCAGAUAUUUUUAUUAGUAUCACAAUAUUAGAAUUAAUGUGCUUUAAUCAACCAUGAACCAAGCUGAAACUGACCUCAAAAGCAGCAGGGCUGAACAGGACACAACGAAAAAUAUUCAAAGACAAUUUUCAACAUGUUGUUUGAUACUAAGGCUGAUUGAGCCAAUUCCAGCAAUGCACUGGGACCAGCUGAACCCUCUCCUGGCCAAUAUCUACCCUUCCAACAGCAGGAUGGUCAUCCCAGGUGUGCAGUUCCAUCUCAACUCACUGCAGUGAUAAGCAACAGUAUCCAAGCUGUUUUAUUUUCAGUUCCAUUUAACUUCAGGCACUGAUAAUGAAUAAACAUACUCACUU